CGACUUCACAUUCCUGGUUUUCGAGUUUAGACUUUCCCACUUCUUCCCCUUUCGUCGAACUCUUACCUUGCCUCGAAGACAUACAGCACCUAUAGCACGACGUCGGCAAGUAACAUCAACGCUCGCGCACGAUUCAAUAAGGUAACGACAGGUAGCUGCGUUUUUCUUUACGUGAACUUUUCCUUUCCCUCUGGUGCAGACUCACCUCCACUCCAGCAACCUCACAUCCACCUUCAAAGUCCAAUACCCGCACCGAGCACCUUCUGAACAUCUUUCUACCAUCUACAUCAUACAAACAUCUUGCAAUCUCUUGCCUUGCAUAUUGCUCCGUGAACGCCACCUAGUCAACGUUCAUCGUAUUCCAGAGCAACGAAGACACCUGGCUGCAACAUCGACCAGCAUGGCGCCAGCACCUCCUCGAGUCGGCAACAGCGACGCCUCUCCGCUGCUCGACCUGCCACCGGAGCUCCGCAACAAGAUUUAUGGUCUGGUGUUUGGUAAACGCACAAUCCAUGUUGGCCGGCCGAGUCUUGGCUCGAAGCUCGACUCGCAUCGCCAGGUCGGUGAAUGUCUGGCUGAGAUAUCGGACAAAGAUCACCGCCGCUCGAUGCAUCACAGAGCCGUAGCGGCUGACAGCAAGGCCGCAAUCCAGCGGCAAAAAGUGCUAAAAGCGUUCGGUGUUCCGCUUAAUAAGAAGAGCGACGACGUGUUCGGCUACGGAGGAUUCGAGUCGCGCCACAAGUACUGCCAGUUCGGCGGCUACUCCCAUGUUAAGGAGCUCAACCUGCUCCGGACAUGCAAGCAGAUCCACGACGAGGCCGCGGGGAUACCUUUCGCGAGCAACGAGUUCACCUUUCAGAAUGCUGCCACCUUCGCCAGCUUUGUGGCGUCCAUUGCUCCACACCAACACGCCGCAAUACGCAACGUGACGCUGUAUGCCCUGGGCUAUGAGCGCGAGCGCACCUGGGCGGGGACGGGUCUGACGCGUUCUCUAACCAGCUUGACGGGACUGCGUCGCGUGGUGCUGACCGUUGCGGUGCGUCGUUGCGACUUGAUGUCGGGUCGAAACAUCAAAAGCCGGCAGACACGCCAGCGGCUCUUUGCGGGUUUAGAGAUGUUGAAAGAUGUGAAUAUGUGCGAGAUUGAGGUGCUGAUAAUCAACUCGGAGGGGAUGGGCCGGGCCGUUAUGAGCGCUGUUGCGAGAGAUGAGUCUGUUCCUAGCUGCGCGGACUUGGUGAAGUGGGAGGAAGAGAUCAAAGCGACGUUGUUGCCAUCAGGCAAUGCUCUCGAGGGAGAGGUUCUCGCUUGAAGAUUGCCGCGGAGACUGAAGAUGCGUUGCGCUCUGAUUUUCAUUACCGCUCGGCUUGAAAUUGGUCGUGGAUUGGUUGCUUGGAGUCUGCCUGCGCGUCGUCGGUUCGAGUUGUGAUGGAGCAUUGUGUUUGUUGGAUUCGAAUGUUUAUCGCAUAAGACAAGCUUGUCUUGCUCAUUCACUUCGCAC